UGGUCAAAUUUUGAUCGAUGGCGAUAGUUCCCCUCUGUUGCAUUCAUCAAUCAGGAUAGUAAAAAUUGAUUCGGCGUUGCGCAUCGAUUUUUUUUUUAACGAACGCAGAUAUCUCUCAGAGGUUGGUGUAGAUUUCUGGCUCGUUCGUUAGCGAGAAUGCCGACUGUUAGCCAUUCUUAGCUUUGAAGGAAUCACCGACGAACGAAGCGGUAGAAAAACGAAUAAAGGACCGCAUAAUACGAAAGUGGAAGAGGUGCCCCCGUCUUACACUCUUCUUUUUCCUGAAAUCCUUCCAGAAAACCGUGCAUUCUAUCGUCGGGACGUUUCUCCCUUUCGAGGAAGAAUGUCUUCCUUUGAGCACGAUUUUUGUGAAAAAUGUUCCUCGGUAUUUUCCAGCGAGCUCAUUGCUAUAAGGUUGACUUCACUUUAAGAAAAGGAUUAAGAACGUUUGCAAGUUCGGCGAUAUAGAUGCCAUUGAAAAAUGGAAAGAACGUUGUAUAUUAACAAGGAAUGUUUCUAUAGGGGCCGAUGACAAUGGACUCGCGGCGGAACUUUUCAUUUCAAACAAACCGACAGCGAAGAUUAAGUAUGAUAUCAGUCAAAUACUGGAGUAACUGUAAACACUCGAACGACACAGGUCGCGAUCGUAACAAACAAUGGAACGCAACUACUUCAUAAAAUCACCGAGAGAUUUCAAACUCCAGCGUAACGGGGGCAUGGAAGAAAGAUCAACAGAAUUGCGAUCAAUAAGUAGUGCCGGGGAAUGCAUAAAGCCCGCUUGAAAAGCAAUCCUCGUUAUAUCUUUGCAGAGGCAAAUUACGAUUAAACUGCAAAAAGAGAUGAAAAUCCAAACGGAAAUGCUAAUGAUUAUAAUCGUUGAUUAUAAUUUCUAAUUGAUGACUUGUAUCCUUCGGUCUCGACGACAUCACGAAUGCUACAUAAAAAGGAUAGGUAGAUCUGUGUGUAUAUAGGUAGAGUUUAGUGAUAAAAUUAGUAAUUAACACUAAAUCUACCACGACCGGUCAAAUGACCAAUUUCAAAUUUUUGUAUACAGUUCUUACAUGCUGUAUAUAAAUUAUAUAUUAUACAAUUGUUUCAUGCAUCAUUCAAUUUAGUUCGGCGCAAAACAUUUUUGAAUUUCAUUGAAGAAAGUGUCUCUAAGACUAGUAAUUUCUCUCAUCACGAUAGAAAUGGUUACAAAUGGACGCCGGUAAGUUUAGUGUUAAAAAUAAUGUUCGUUUAAAAAGAAAUUCCCUUUCUCGCUGUACCGUCUGAAAAAUACAGACAGCUAGUCGGUAAAUACAGUCCCAAUCUGUGCCUUAAAAAAAAAAAAGAAUAAAAGAAACGUGGAAAGAGUUCUAAAUUUAGGGGACCAUACCCUGUUCAGACAACACAGCCACAUAAACUCUACGUAUACCGAACAUCAUUUUUACGAUCCCGUCACUCCGUGCACACGAAAACCAGAGUUCCCAGAGCUUGCGGAGUCGGACGUUGAUACACAUCCGGCUGGAACUGGCCCGCGGGGCCAUAGUUCGCCGAGUCCCGACUGCGGGCUAUGCAACAAGAAACAAAACCAGAAGAUAAGAGAAAGGGUUAAAGUAGUAAAGCAACGAUGUUAGAACUAUCCAGCAGACGUCGACGGUCUGUGUGCUCCGGCCGCGGAGGCUGCGCGGAAAAAUCGAUAGCCAACGCGAACCGACGGCGUCGUCGUCGUCGUCGACGUCGGCGGUGGCGGCGGCGGCGGCGUUGGUGGUAAUGCUAGUGGUGGUGGCGAGUAGCAGCGCGAUAGAGUCGGACGGUGCAGUCAACGUUGGGACCGGCAGCCCAAAAGACACACGCGGAUCUGACACGUUCUCCACAACCCCCUAACCCCCUCCCACGUCGAGCCACCCCUCUAUCUGGCACCUUUGACACCCCGAUCUUUCGUACGGCCCUGAGCGAGAGUACGCGACGUGCUCUCGUGCGGGACUUCUUUCCCUUCGAGCACGAUCCGACGGUCCGCAGGCAAACGGACACAAAGGAGCCGCGACGUUACGUAUCGGCUCGCGGUGCUCGUUCGUGACGGACGUGCAGUGGGUGUGUGAUGGAAAAUGCAACGCGUGGUGACGCGACGUGAUGAGACGUGAAGCGAUACGACGCGGUCACGGCGACGCUUUCCUUUCGGUUCUUUCGUCACUACCUGCCUACCUGGCCGCCCCCGCUCCGUACCGAUCGCGUGUGUGAGCCCGAGAUAAAUGCAAUGUUGUGACGCGUGACGCCGGUUGGUCGCACGUCGUUUCGUACGCUACGGGGAUACUUUGCCACCACGUUCCUUCGGCACCUCUUUCGCGCCUGCGACUGUGGAUGAUAAAUCCUCGAGCGAACGGUAGACCUCGCCACGGGACACUCGUUCAACCGCGACCACCAUGCGUGUGCAAGGACCGAACGUACAUGACGUGAACACCUGUGAAAUAGGCUGCGUUGUUUUGCUCGCACGGGCUCGGGCCACCAUUUGCCUUUAACCCCGGCACGACCGCGACUUCCAAUCUCGAACGAUGCGGUACGAUUCGUUGUCGAAACUUUUGUGACUUUUGAUGGAGGACGAGCAUUCAAAGCGGAAAAAGAUUGUGCCGGACUAAUCCGCGAUUUCUGUUUGACGCUAAAACGGAGUAACAAUGAAAAUCCGCGCAAAGAUGUGUUUGAAUCCAGUCGAGCAAGCUGUUCGUUGAGGCGUGUCAUGGAUAACGAGGCGUCGAGCCUGGAUCUCUGACUGUGGCGCGAUGCAGUGAAAUUUGGUGGCGAACAUGAGACAUUAGGCUAGUAUCGGACGCGAUAAACGUACGAAUUAAUUGUUAAUCGAGCAUUGUAAUAAUUUCUAUACACGAUGGACGUUUUGUCGUGGACGAAGAGGCUGCGCAAGAGAUGCAUGACGUUUCUGAAGAUGAUGAGAAGAGGUGAUCGACCCAUCGAUUUCUGCGAUCAAACGUUCCACGCAUUGUUCGCUAACGAACGCGUCGACGACGAACCCGAGGGGACGAUUCCAGGCGACGAAACGAACGACGUUUUCGAAGACGACUAUCGAUCGGGUUACUUUUACGGGAAUAAGUACGUUUGCAACUCGUCGAGGAUCCAAUAAGUAACCGCAUUCGAGAUGUGCAUUAUGAAGCGGGGCAAGAUUUUCAGCAGAAGAAUUCCCUUGUGAACAUUUCUAGUCAAGAUUAUCUUUGAAAAAGAAAAAACUGACGAAUGGAAGGUGCGAAACUUCCCUCGAUUUUUAGCAUUCGGAGAACACUGGUGUCUCUCUUAAUGGAACCGCGCGAAAUUACGACUCUCCAGGAGCGCUCGAGAGAUUUUGAGAAUUGGACGAUGCUGGAACACGGAAUCGGCGUGCUCAGUGAGAACGCGAAGCGUUUCAGGAUGCAGGGACGACAGGAUUCCACUUGCACCGGUUAAAAUGAAUCGCAGGGAGGACCCGCUGUUGCGGCAGCAUCGCAGCCAGUUGCUGCAAUUAGCCGAGGCGACAAACAUCAAGCCUGGCCGUGGCAGCGGGAGAAGGCGAGGCCAGAGGCAGUCUCACGGCUUCGGACCCAGUAACGGAGGACCGAGCGCCGGAGGCCGCGUGACCCUGCAGGAUAUCGUGAGAAGCGAUCCUGGAUACACGCCAAACAUCGAGCAUUUAGUUUUUCCGGAGCGCAAGAGCAGCAAUCCAAAUUUGGCCAAAACGGCCGACGAAUCCCCGCCGAAUAAAUCCAAAUCGAACACGACGAGCUCGGGGAGAUCCAGGCUCGCCGAGGUCUUUUCCAGACAUUACUCCAGAGGGUCCUCGCAGGACUCGUCGGUCACAUCCAGGAAGAACCAUUUAAACAGCACGUCACUGGACAGCGGAGGUGCGGCGUCCCAUCAGACGGCUGGUUCCGGAGGAACAACGAGAAGCGCAGGGCGGCGUUGGCUGUCGCAGAGCUCGCAAUCCUCGAGCAGACAACAUUCGGCCGAGGACGGGGUACGUGGGGGCAACGUGGGCGUCAUAGGGCCCGUUUCGUCCUCGUCCUCGAGCCAGGCCCCUGCUCCCGUCCUGCCGCCUCGUAGAGUCAGUCCAGCCGCGGAUUCAACCGACAUCUCGAAUACGGCCGGCGGCUCCCGCGGCGACAGAGGUCCGAACGUGUCGAUUCUGCACUUACGCAGCACUUCCGAUCCUUGGGAAGUGGGUUCUCAAGGAUCCACGUACAGCGUGGGCAGUAAUAAAAGCCAAACCGGUAGCAGAGGAAAAUCAAGCGGUAGCACACGCGGCUCGUACACACGUGGCACUUCAAUACCAUCCUUAAAACGUCACGACGCUACGGCAUCGAUAUCGUCGAGCUCGAGUUUAAAACAGCAUCGACAGGAGAGCCACGGACAGGUGACGAGUUCGCGUCGUCGGGAAUCCUCGAAUUCGUUCCUGUCGGGCAACAGCGGCACUUCCGGCGAACUUUUCAUCAGCGGCGACUGCAGCAGGGAAUUGUCGCCGGUGAGAUGGUGCGACAGAGAGGUGGACGGGGUCUAUUUGGGUCGAUCGGGUUGGGUCCAGGUACAACAAAGGUCUCUGGACGAGAAUCGAAGGAUAAGUUACGAGAGCAGCUUGGUCACCGCAGCCACGGGCACUCUACCCCUACCGCGUCGGGCAACGGUGAAAUUGGCUGACUACCAUUGCAACAGCGAGCCAGGGAAAUGCCCUCAAGAAUUUUCGAGAUUGGACAGUCAAAGGCCGGACUAUCUGGCCCUCCACGGUCAGGAUUUCGAGUACGUGGCGAGCAGCGCUUGCACAUCGCCGCACAGUAUCCCGGAAUCUUACUCCCCGCCGUCGAUCACCCCGAUCAUAUCACCUCCACCAGCCUUUCAAGACGUGGUCGGUAAAAGGUCUUCCUCGAAGCACUCUUCCGGCCGUGGCAACUACGGGAAGCCGUUUUUGCCGCGAUCGAACGCCAUAGUGGACAGCGACAUCAUCAGCCCGCCUCCGUCGCCGCCACGUCAAAUCAAUUGGAGUUCCUUGCCGUCUUCCUCUCGGAAAUCGUCGAACGCGCCAUCCAGGCCCAGAAGGCAGAACACCAGUCAACAGCAGCAGCAACAGCAGCAGCAGCAACAACAACAGCAGUAUCGAAUGGCGCAAGCUAAAUCGCUGGAGGAUCAAUCCUCCACGAGGAGAUCGCAGUUUAUUCAGCGUUAUAUGGAGUCUUCGAGUUCGUCCUCCUCGUCGAUGGGCUUCAGGAGUCUGGACAGCUGCGUCACGAGGGCCACCAUGCCCAGAUUGGCCGAGAACACGGACUCCUCGGUGGAGGGAUACGACGACGGCGACGAGGACGACAAUCCCAGCUCCUCCUUGAAUCUCAGUUUGGUCUCGUCCUCGAUCAUAGCGUUGAACUCGUCCACGGAGUCGAUCCGCGCGAACGGCGAGAGAAUUUCGCCGAACAGGCAGAGCCGUCAUCACAGAAGCCAACAGGGAUUGAGGAGAUCGCCAGGCUCGUCGGAAUCCGGGAAGCAGUUGUCGUUUAAUUCACCUUCCUCCUCGUCCUCGUCGUCGAGCAGCGCCGAGAGGCAGGGCAGAUCACCGACGCCAAAUCCUUUUAGACGCGGCAACCCUUCGAGGCAACAUCAGAGCGCCAGGACGGCGCAGGUGUCCCCGGAAUCUCAUCAAUCUAAAGUAAGGAGAUCCAGAAGUCUACAAUUACCCGAGAAGAGGUCUCCCGGCACCGCGGCUCCGAGCAGAGACCACUCGAGGGAGUCUAACGAGCCCCAUAGAGUCGUUGUUAAAAUUUCCAAUGACCGAGGAAACGAUAGGAAACGCCACACGCUUCAAAACAGAAAAGCACAGUCGACCGAGGACGCAUUGAACGAAGAUCUUCUCCGUGAAACGGAGACGGUAACCGAGUUUCUAUACGGAACGAGAAGCCGCGUGGUGGCCAGAAAUCUCCACCCCAGUCGCUUUGAUCGCCGGGAGGAUAGUCAGGAGCAAAGGCGAGGGAAUCCGAGCACUUACGACGUUUACUUUAUAUCAUCGAUGCAGCAGCAGUCUUUGAAAUCGGCCGGUUCGUCGAUGCAACAAUCGCAGCAGCAGCAGCAGCAGCAGCAGCAGCAGCAACAACAACAACAGCAGCAGCAGCAGCAGCAGCAGCAACAGUCCAGACGACCGAAGACUCUACAAAGGGGCGCGACUACCCCUAACGCGAAUCCUGCGACGGCUAACCACGACUUUUGCGUCAGCCCUGACACGAAAUUGCGUUGCAACAGCAGCACCUGCGACUUCUGGCCGCACUGCUCGCAGAGAGACACGCUGUACUCUCCCAGUCAGGCCCCUGUAUUCAUGAAGUUGUCCCAGAGCUAUCCUGCCCAUCAGCGACUCCCCACGGACACCGGUGGCCACGCGAGCAGAGGAAGCGCCAGCUCGUCCCCAGCUUCGUUAGAGCGAAUGGACGAACGCGAGUACCGUGAUCGCGAGACAACGUCGCGCAGGAAUCGAGGUAAUCGCGAUCAAAAUAAUUCCAACUCGUCCAAGUAUCAGGACAGGCAGCCGAAGAGCGUGCUGAAGCAACCGAAUCGAUGGUCGCCGCUCGAAGGAUCCAAUGGGAAUACCACGACCACGGAGAAGAGGGAGCAUCAUCGAUUUUAUAGAAAACCCGAGUUCGCCGGUAGCUUCGAAGGUUGCGAAAACAAGGACAGAAAAGUGUCACCGGUGCAGGGGAAAGGUAUCGUGAACCGAUCGCCCAGUGGUCAUGUUGUAUCGUCGUCGACCACCUCGUCGUCUUCCAGCAGCGAUAUUUGGGUCACCACGUCCGAUCGAACGGUGACGAAGAGUCCGAGGAACGCGAAAAGUUCCGGGGCAUCCACCCCGAUGGAGGACGCGGUGAUUGGCUCCCUGAAGACGCUGAUGGAACCGCCGAGAGACGGGAUGCUGUCCAGGCCUGGAAGUGCUCCCACGAGAGGGGACGAUUCCCUGCCAGGAGAUAUUUGUUUGGACCCUCAUCAGCGAUCGCUGUCUCUGCCGAAAUCUUUUCUGACGCACAACACCGACGGCAACAACAAAGGAGGUUCUUGGCAACGUGGGCAGAAUUCCCAAAGGUCGAGCCCCAGCCCCAGUCGACGUCACCACACGCAGGAAGCAGCCGCGCCUCACACAGCUCCUGUUUCCCCGUUGCACGAUCAACGCUUGGGCGCGUACCCUGGUAAGGAGAAAAGACGAAUUCCUGGGCUGAGCAAGGCGCAGAGGCGUAUCAAAGCGUCGAGCACGCCGGCGCUCUUAGAUCGUGAAGUGGAAAGUCGACAGUGGUCGGGGGACGAAGAGGACGAGGGUACAACCGGUCACGUAACAACCGAGCAUCCUUUGGCCGAGGCGACGAUUCCCUUGGUCUCCCAUUCGCGUCUCCAAGAGCAACCCUCUAACUUGAGUGCCAAUAUCGUGACCACUUCCGGAACCCAGAAUCCUCCCCGUUCGAGCACGCAGAGCCAACAAGAAAGCGUUCUACAGAAAUUCAGGAAGAGCUUCUCCUUGAGGUUUCACAAAAAGGGCAGCAAAGAGAGCACCGAGAGCGAGUUCCCGGUAGAAGAUAACGACGGUUCCGGCCCUUUGGACGAAGAAGAGGAACGAGACCCGCCGAUUGUGUCUGAACAAACUCCUCAGCAUAAGGAGGAUACCAGUAACGACCAGAAAUUUCGGUUCGGUCCUCUCGUAUGGAGAAGCAGCAAGGAGAGGAAAAAGGGCAACAAAGCUGCCAGAAAUGCGAAAUGCAACAGCGGUGACAGUGGAAUACAGAUCGAGAUGGUAUCUGGUGGAGCAUUGACUGGGGGCAGUGGUGGUGGAAUGAUGGGGGGUGGUGAUAGCUCCGAGUCCCACGACACAGAUGUCCAAGACGAGACUGACAGCCCUCCAGCCCUUCGUAGGCGAGUCGCCGACAAAUCACGACCCCAGUCCGAGCUCAUCAACCAGAUACUGAUCGACAAGUUUAAGGCGGAUCUCCAGAGUCGAACGUCGAGGCACCAGCAUGUAAGAAGAACGAACAGCGAUUUAGGAGGUCAGAGGUUACUCCAGUGGGACACGAGGUCUGGUUACAGCCACGCGCACAAUUAUCGCAGGAUGCUCUCGACUCCUUCGCCUAUCAAGACGAGGCCUCCAAGGCUCAGUCCGAGACAUUCCUCCCAUGACAUCGUUACGCUGAGAAGUAACGCGAAAGGGAGGAGUUCUCGGACAAAUUUGAGGCGUUCACUUAGCCAACCACUGGGUAUCAAUCAGCUAUCACCCUUGAUGCGCACCAAAACUGCAGGCGCGAGGUUGCCCGGUGGAAACGUCCUGUCCGAGGACGAACAGGACGGGAGAGGUGGAACGUCCGACGACGAGAUGAUGUCCGACUCCGAAUCCUCCAUCGCCUCCUUGACGGACAGAAAGAAGUCCUUCGAGCAGACGAUGGACGAGGAGGUUGUAAUACUGGCUGAAGCUGUUUGGGACCACGUGGCGAUGGAACCAGAGGAGCUGGCUUUUCGUGCUGGCGACGUGAUUGAGGUCCUGGACAACCUGGACAAGGACUGGUGGUGGGGUAACUGCAGAGGCGAGCAUGGGUGGUUCCCGGCUGCAUUUGUCAGGUUACGCGUAAGCCAAGAAGACACUGUCGAGGAUUGUUUGGCUGCGAUGGCCUCCGGAGGAACGUCCACUACCCAACUGAGAAGACGCACCAGCGUUUCGCUUCUGUCGAACGAGCAAGUCAGGGCGAGCGUUGUUCGAGAACUGGUCCAAACAGAACGGGACUUCGUUAAAGUACUGAGAGACGUCGCGGAAGGCUACGUGGCCGAAUGUCGACGGCGGACGGACAUGUUCAACGAGGAACAGAUAGAAACGAUUUUUAUCAACCUCGAGGAGCUGCUAGACUUCCAGUCCGAGUUUUUGAAGGAUCUCGAGUCUAGCAUCGACUGGAACGCUCCGUACAAGAGUUGCGUCGGUGAAUGUUUCCUCAACCACAGGGCGGGAUUCCGUAUGUACUCGGAGUACUGCAACAGUCACCCGAUGGCCACCGCCACGUUGCAAGAACUGUAUCAGCAUAACCGUUAUAGUAAAUUCUUCGAAGCAUGUAGACUAAUGAGAGGAUUAAUAGAGAUUCCUUUGGACGGGUAUUUGUUAACGCCUGUGCAACGAAUAUGUAAAUAUCCGCUUCAAUUGGCGGAGCUGUUGAAAUACACGAAAGCUGACCACCCGGAUUACCUUAAGAUUCAGGAAGCUCUAGAGGCAAUGCGAGAUGUUGCGGUUUUAAUCAACGAAAGGAAGAGGCGAAUGGAGAGUCUCGAGAAGCUUGCUGCGUGGCAGUUAAGGGUUGAGGGGUGGGAGGGUGAAGAUCUCAUAGAAGUUUCAUCCCAGUUAAUUUACCAAGGCGAUGCGAUGAGAGUCACCACUGGCAUGUGGACGAACAACAUCACCCUCUUCCUGUUCGACCAUCAAUUAGUUUAUUGUAAAAAGGAUAUAUUAAAAAGAAACAAUUACGUAUAUAAAGGUCGAAUUUAUCUUGACACCAGCGAAGUAAUUGACGUGCCUGACGGUAAAGAUCAUCAGUUGGGAGUGACAGUGAGACACUGUCUGAAGGUGUACAGUUGCGUUCGAGAUAAAUGGUUGCUCUUCUGCUGUCGCACGGCGGAAGAGAAGCGUCGGUGGUUGGCAGCCAUGGCGGAGGAACGGAGACUAGUUGCUCAAGACAGGAACGAUGGUCUGGAGUUUCCAGCUGCAGCCAGACAAUUAGCCAGGCUCGCGGCGACCAGGCAGCAGAACAGACCACCAAUCAAACCUCGCAAUAAAGCGUACAAAAGGGAGUCCGCUUACGACAUGCCAACUGUGGUUGGUCAAGGAGCAACGAACUCGUUAGGACGUAAGGUUGGCACUUGGUUCACGUUUGGUAGCAGCAAAAAAAGUACUCGACCUCAGCCGUCCUGAGACAGGCCUACCUUCGUGCCAUACAUUGACUUGUGAAAGUCUUACGAGGAGCGCUUAAUCGUUGCUUGGCGACCAUGACUUGAAUGCACGUUACUUGACGUUUGAGGAACGAAUAUAUGUAGUAACGAACCAAUCCUGACCCCCUUCGUUAUCUUCGAGCCUCAAAGUUUCACGGAAACGAAAUAAAGGUUGUACUUCAUUCGCUGGGAAUGCAAACGGUCUUAAGCGCUUGUCACAUGUAUGGAGCGAAGGUAAUUAAUCAAUGUAUCAUUAAAUUUCAUUUUACAAUUGUUAUCAAUUGAAUGACAUCGAUAAAAGUCGUUAACGGAAUACCAUCGCGUUACAGUUUCCAUCAGUCCAGUCAUAGUAUUCUUAUUUAAUUUAAAAAAGCAUUUCCACGAAAAUGAUCGUACGUUUGUGUCAUCGACCAUAUUUAUUUCACUGCCUCACGAAAAGAUUUUUGAUUAAACGUUCUAUUGUAUUGCAAUCGCGAGGAUCACUGCACGGAGUGACAAGGUAUUAUCACUUAGAUUUCUCUAGUAAAUAAUAAACGUUGUUUAUUCGAAAUAAAAGUUACACCGCAGGAAAUAACGUUAAUUAAAAUUAAUUAAAUUUUACGCAAAGAAGAAUACGCGCACAAGCUACGCUUACGCAAACGUUUUGACGAAGAGAGCAUUAUGAUGUGCCGAGAAGUAUAUAUAAACGUAAGAAAUAUGGAGAUUCUAACGACGAAAGAUACUGAGACAAGUAUCGUCGGAAAGUAUAGUUACUGAGGGAAGAAAUGCAUCGAUCGAUGAGAUAAAUACACUUACUAUUAGACGUAGAUAAUACAUGUAUAAAGCCGCUAGCGAGCUUUCGAGUACUAAAGAGAAAGUACUAGUCACUCUUAUCACGCAGUUGUACGAAGAACAGUGAUAAAACUUUAGUGUUAUUCGACCGCUUGAAUGAGUGUUGUGAGCAAUGAACGGAUUAGCAACGGCCAUACAUUUUUUUUUUUAUGGUAAUCGAAAGACUGACGACAGAAAUGCUUCUUUCUCUGUAGAACUACAAGGGAAUCGGUACGAGGAUAGCACUGAGAGAAAAGUGUAAUCGAAAUAUAAAGAAAUUUCACCGUAGACGAGUAUUUAUAGUUCGGAUCAUCUUUCGAAUUGUACUCCUCUGUUCGAUAAUCUAGAUAGUCUUCUAGGACGCACACAUUAGGAUAAUGUUGACUGUAGCGUUGUCUUGGAGACUUCUCUCUCAGUGAAGUAAACCGUAUCACGGCACAUAUUUGUAGAAAUGAAUCUCGAGAGUAAAAGUCACGCGAUAUUCCUUUUACUGCCUAAAAUUAUCGUCACUCCACCUGAAGCAGUAAUCGUAAAAUACUCAACGUAGUUUGUACGGAGAUUUUAAAUUUGGUAAAGAGACGAAGAAAAUUAUAUUUCUACGUCGUAACAGAGAGACAGUAUUAACGAUACAGGUAUCACUAAACGUGUAAAUAAUCGCAUAUCAAGCCUCCUUUUCUACUGCUGCUUAAGCAGUGUCUAAAGUUAACACCCCCCCAGAAGAUAUCUUUCAAAGUUUUUCUACUCUUGUACAGGAAAAUGUUACGCGAAUAUCAUAAUGAAAGCCAGUCAGCCAGCAAAAACCUCUGUGUUUUGUAUGCAAACGUAAAUUAACAACAUUGUAAACGUUGUCUGUGCAAUUAUUUAUCACAGAUGAAUAAAUUAACGUUUUCAAAAAAUAAAAAAAUAAAACUGAUCCACCGAUUGUGAAAGUUUUCAACACUGCCAAUAUGUUUACUAUAUAUGUCUUCGUUCGUUUGUAUAUUUUCUCGUCACGCUUGACGCAUAAAAUACUUUUUGAAGUAUAUAUGUAUACGUUUAUAAAAGCAAAAAAAGGAUAAUCGUUAUUUUGUAUUAGCGGACUUUUCAUAUUUCUCUGUCUUCGAACGUGAUUUAUUAGACGAAAUAUUUGCGAAUGAAAAACAAUACACAGAAGUAUAUUUUUGCUUAUUUUCUGGCAUUGUAUUUACUAUAGGACGAGGACAAUAUGAUGACAAAAUGGAGGAGCAAGAUUCCUACUCAACUGUACAGAGAUCAUUAACCAUCGAUGUGUAGACUAGGGGCAAAACAAUUUGUUGCUGGACCUAACUCAUUUAAGAGUUAUUUUUAUAGAACAAAUUUAUUUGUUCGAAUACAAUUUCUCUGUAAGCAUUGCUAUCUAAGAACGAGUUUAAUGGCCAAUGUAACUAAACGUAAGAAGAGGAUAUCUCGUGUUAUUUGUAAAUGCUGAAUCGAUAAUACUGCAUACUACGCAACUUGGAGCAUUUCAUUCAUUGAGUUCCACUUGUGUAUAUGAGCAAACACAUAAAAUUUCUGCAAAUUACCAGAGUAAUAUUACAAAUGUAAAUAUAAUGUGUUACUAGAAAGAAAUUUGAGCAGCGUUUGUCCUUUGUAUCGGUCGUGUUCUACAUAUCGCGAUGAAGAUUCAUAUGUUGAUAAACAUAUAAUUAUUGAUUUAAUAUUUAUUUUUUUUACAAUUAUAGAUAAAAUAAUUUGUUUUAUUACUCUGGAUAUAUCGAAACAAAUUUUGCACAAAUGUCAAAAUAAUGUGCUUCAAAGCAAUAAUAUUCCUAGGCGUUACAGUAAUAACAGUUUAGGCUGUUGCAUAUAUAUGUAAACACAUAUACUUUCUCUUGUAUUUGAUAUUUGUAGCUGUAUGUGCAUAUUAAUGACUCACGUUACGUAAAUAUUCACCACUAAUAUGCACGCACAUUCUACGCUCACGAGUUGAAAACAAUUGAUACAAUAAUGUAUCGUUUUGUUUCUUGUAAAUAGCUAGGUAUCGUAAUGUAUAAGUGUAAAUACUGUAGAACUGUUUGUUGGCAAAAACUUCAACGCAACCUAGGUAUUAAGCGACGUUAAAAUUUAAUGACAUAUACCUUUUGGAUAAAAAUUAAUUACUGAUUGAAUAGCGCAAUGUUUUGUAUAUUUGUAUAUCUAAUUUAAUGAUUUAAUAAUAAAUUACUCUCUUUGCUCGAUUGUUCA